CAGAAGAUAGCCUAGACAACCUAGACAACGUAGACAGCCCAGACCAGGCAAGAACGUUCUCUGCAUCAGUGAAGACAUGCGGCAAUAAUCUCCCUCGUCGCUGCCCAACGUCGGGAGUAUUCGUACAAAACCCAUCCCAACCAGCCUGGUCUCAGACGCAUUCGGCCUUUCUUCGUCCGUUCGUCCUGACCGUCGUCUUCACGAGCGAUAUAAUAAGCCCGGCCCGAGUCCCACUGCCUGCUUAUUGCGGACAGAGAUAGAGAUACCAUACUCCAAGUGUAUACUCGAGUAAUGAGUGAGGUCGCUAUGCUCUAGAAGCGAUGCUGACCAAAGGGCGGGCCUAUCUCUCCCUGUCACCGCACCCGCAAUUUAAUGUUUACGCGCCCAAACAGCCGGACGAACCCGCAUACUAUGCCCACAACAGCUGGAAUAGACGCGACCAUAAGAUUGCGAGUCCUUAUUUCGGCAUGCUCGCUCUGAUUCGUGCGGCUACUCGACUUCCGAUUCACUGAUCGUUUCUUAAUGAGGUCCAGUCCCAGUCCAAGUCCCUGUCACACAUCGAGGUCGUCUCUCAGCCAAUCAAGUCGCUGGCGGCUGCAACCACCCAGACAGCCGCUGACAGGAAUAGACGGCGUAGGCGGCCGCUGUUUCAACCUUCUGAGCUUCGAGCUCGAGGUAUUGGCUCUGCCGGCGUGACGCCGCGUUCGAGGUCGCCGACGACAUGGCCGUUGCGCGUCACUCUCCCGUUUCAUGCAUCGAGUCGAGACGUCGCGGUCUCGACUCGUCUUCGAAGCUACAGCUGUGGUGGACCAAACUUGGCCGGCGAUUGACGGCCUCUGAUUCUCCACAUGCUGCUGUCGGCUCCUACAAGUAGGGAGCCUCUUCCCCCCGGCAUGCAUGAGUCCUAAGUUCUUGUUUCCAUCAGUCUUUUCGUUGCGUCUAGUCACGCGGUUUUCAUUCUUUUCCUUCUCCGUCCAGUCUCUCUUUUCAUAGAGUCAGCGCCAACAGUCAUUCUUAUUUGUUUUUACUCAUUUUGAACACCAGUACUUUUGUCUUUUAAACUUUCAUUUUCGACACCUAUCUCUGUACAACCAUGCACUUCUUCAGUGUUGUCUCUGUAUGUCUACUAUGUUCGUCCCUCGCCGCGGCUGGCCCGCUCCCUCGGGACAGCUUUCGCAAGCUCCAACUCCGACAAGUUGCUCCAUUUAAGAAUACAACAAGUAUUGCAGAUUCUGCAGCGGCUACAAUCGACGUGGUUCCCGUCGCUCUCACACAGACGCCUGUCGACACCACAACCGCAACCACCAGCUCUAGCACUGAACUUUCUACCGCGUCGACAGCAACCGCACUGUCCACAUCAGGAUUUGCUAGCACGACUUUGAUCUCUUCGUCCACUACAGCCACCACCGCCCAAGAUGCUCCAAUUAUCACCUCCAAUUCCCUAACAGCAACGGCUGCUGGAGAUGGCGCAAACGCAGCCCAAACAGCGGUAGGCGCUUCUCAAACCGCCAUUAUUUCGAACCUCAGUGGAUUCAUACCCGGCGGAUCCAUUGUCGCAGGAACCGGAAAUUUCUCCAGGACCACGCUCGUUUCAGCCAAUUCUAACACAGACGCAUCCGCCGACUCCAAGCCGACAACUGGGACACAGGUGUUCCCCUUUGAGGAGUCUCUAACGAAUACGCCAGGAGCAAUAUCAACUACCGCAGAGGCACCAUUCACCUUUUCAUCUGACCCAGUGACACCCACCACCCUAUCAACACAAACCACAAACGCACCUGUCGCCAUAACCGUCACAGGCGCGGGAGUCGUAGUGCCUGUGACCCCCAGCUUCUUCACUAGUGCAUCCCCCCUCCCAACCACCACGGAGGCCCCCACCGCCACCGACGCCGCCAGCAUGAGCGCCGAAAACCUCCGCCUAGCCCAUGAAUUCAACGACAUGUACGCCACGCUGACGCCCGAAUCCAUCUGUGCCCCAAACAAAUUGGCCUGCAUCGAUGGCAAGUUCGCCACCUGCGUAGACGGCCGCUACACCCUCAAGGGAUGCAGUUCGGAUUCAAAGCUCUGUUACGCCAUGCCGCUUACAGAAUCCCCGGGCGUGGUCGUGAAGUGUACGGAUAUUGAGACUGCGGAGAGUAUUUUGGGAUUGCCGAAUAGUCUGAGUGUGACGAUUGGCUCGGUGCCUGUUGUGGUGCCGAGCACGACGGCGGAGGUGGUGCAGGCUACUUCUAUAGCGGAUGCGGUGCCAACAACGACGGCUGCUGAGGCACUGGUGACGGCUGCGGCUGCGCAGCCUUCGGAUUCUAAUGAGGGUCAGGCUGACGAGGUGACGACGGUUUUGCACAGGACUAUCGUCUCAACUAUCACCAUUGCCGUGUCUGAUUUCGCGCCAUCUACAGUUGCUCCGGCUGCUGAUACUCCGACGGCAGUAGCCAUUGCGGAUGGGAGUGGGAGUAUUAUCUCUGUUGUGCCCGUUGCUGCUGCUGCCGCGGGUGGCAGCGGGGGUAAAGAGGAGGGGCCGGUGACGGUGACGGUUACGCGGUCUGUUACGGUCACGGAGCAGUUUACUAUUACGAGAGCCGGUGUGGCGGCCACGGUGACAGUGGGGUGAUAUAUUUGAUAUAUAGACUGAAAAUAUGUUGAGGCGUUUUGGGAAAUGAAAGAGGAGGAAAUAAUUACUUAAUGGAAGUUGUGUGUAAUCUAGGGUUAUCAUAUUUAGGCCUGCAAUAUAUAUAUUGAUAUAUC